GUUCCCCCAGUCACCGAGCGAGAGGGAAGAAACAAGAUGGCGGCUGAAGGCGAUCCGGAGUGGGGCCCCAGCAAUUCGGAUUGAGCCUUCUCCCUCCACCCGCUUCCGCCGGCCGGGCCCCUCCCGCCCGGCCCCGCGGGCCUCCCCACCCGGCCCCGGCGCCCCCCACCGCCACCCCUCCGCCCGCCCCUCCCCCCUCCGCUUUCCCUUCUCCCCCCGCCUCGGCUCCGACAUGAGGGGCCGGCGGGGCAGGCCGCCCAAGCAGCCCGCGGCUCCCGCUGCGGAGCGCUGCACCCCGGCCCCGCCGCCGCCGCCGCCGCCUCCGCCCACGUCCGGACCCAUCGGGGGGCUCCGCUCGCGGCACCGCGGCAGCAGCCGGGGCAGGUGGGCCGCCGCCCAGGCUGAGGUGGCGCCCAAGACGCGGCUGAGCUCGCCCAGGGGGGGCAGCAGUAGCCGGAGGAAGCCGCCGCCGCCGCCGCCGCCGCCGCCGCCGGCCCCCCCCAGCACCAGCGCCCCGGGCCGGGGGGGGCGAGGAGGCGGGGGCGGCAGGACGGGGGGCGGGGGCGGCGGCGGCCACCUGGCCCGGACCACCCCGGCCCGGAGGGCCGUCAACAAAGUGGUGUACGAUGACCACGAGAGCGAGGAGGAGGAGGAGGAGGAGGAGGAGGACAUGGUCUCCGAGGAGGAGGAGGAGGAGGAGGAGGACGGCGACGCCGAGGAGACCCAAGAUUCCGAGGACGACGAGGAGGAUGAGAUGGAGGAGGACGACGAUGAUUCCGAUUAUCCGGAGGAGAUGGAAGACGACGACGACGACGCCAGUUAUUGCACGGAAAGCAGCUUCAGGAGCCAUAGCACCUAUAGCAGCACUCCAGGUAGGCGAAAACCAAGAGUACAUCGGCCUCGUUCUCCGAUAUUGGAAGAAAAAGACAUCCCACCCCUUGAAUUUCCCAAGUCCUCUGAGGAUUUAAUGGUGCCUAAUGAGCAUAUAAUGAAUGUUAUUGCUAUCUAUGAGGUACUGCGGAACUUUGGCACUGUUUUAAGGUUAUCUCCUUUUCGCUUUGAGGACUUUUGUGCAGCUCUCGUGAGUCAAGAGCAGUGCACACUGAUGGCGGAGAUGCAUGUUGUGCUUUUGAAAGCGGUUUUGCGUGAAGAAGACACUUCCAAUACUACCUUUGGACCUGCUGAUCUGAAAGAUAGCGUUAAUUCUACGCUGUAUUUCAUAGAUGGGAUGACGUGGCCAGAGGUGCUGCGGGUGUACUGUGAGAGUGAUAAGGAGUACCAUCAUGUUCUUCCUUACCAAGAAGCAGAGGACUAUCCCUAUGGACCAGUGGAGAACAAAAUCAAAGUUCUGCAGUUCUUAGUUGAUCAGUUUCUUACCACAAAUAUUGCUCGUGAGGAAUUGAUGUCUGAGGGGGUGAUCCAAUAUGACGACCAUUGUCGGGUGUGUCACAAACUUGGGGAUUUGCUUUGCUGUGAGACAUGUUCGGCAGUAUACCAUUUGGAAUGUGUGAAACCACCUCUUGAGGAGGUCCCGGAGGAUGAGUGGCAGUGUGAAGUCUGUGUAGCACAUAAGGUGCCUGGUGUGACUGACUGUGUUGCUGAAAUCCAAAAAAACAAACCAUAUAUUCGACAUGAACCUAUUGGAUAUGACAGGAGUCGGAGGAAAUACUGGUUCUUAAACCGAAGACUCAUAAUAGAAGAAGAUACAGAAAAUGAGAAUGAGAAGAAAAUUUGGUACUACAGCACAAAGGUCCAACUUGCAGAAUUAAUUGACUGUCUAGAUAAAGAUUACUGGGAAGCAGAACUUUGCAAAAUUCUGGAAGAAAUGCGGGAAGAAAUCCACCGGCACAUGGACAUAACUGAAGACUUGACCAAUAAGGCUCGGGGCAGUAACAAAUCCUUUCUGGCGGCAGCUAAUGAAGAAAUUUUGGAAUCCAUAAGAGCCAAAAAAGGAGAUAUUGAUAUUGUUAAAAGCCCAGAAGAAGUAGAAAAGGACAAGAACGAGACUGAGAAUAAUAACUCCAAAGAUGUUGAGAAAAGUAGAGAGGAGUUUGAAGACCAGUCCCUUGAAAAAGACAGUGAUGACAAAACGGCGGAUGAUGAUCCUGAGCAAGGAAAAUCUGAGGAGCCAACAGAAGUUGGGGAUAAAGGUAACUCUGUGUCAGCAAAUCUUGGCGACAACACAACAAAUGCUUCUUCAGAAGAGACUAGUCCCUCUGAAGGGAGGAGUCCCGUGGGGUGUCUCUCAGAAACCCAUGAUAGCAGCAACAUGGCAGAGAAGAAGGUGGCAUCUGAGCUCCCCCAGGAUGUGCCAGAAGAACCUAACAAGACAUGUGACAGCAGUAACACUAGUGCUACCACUACCUCCAUCCAGCCUAAUCUGGAAAACAGUAACAGCAGCAGUGAACUAAAUUCUUCCCAGAGUGAAUCUGCUAAGGCAGCUGAUGAGCCUGAAAAUGGAGAAAGAGAGUCUCAUACACCUGUCUCUAUUCAAGAAGAGAUAGGUGAUUUCAAAUCAGAGAAAUCUAAUGGGGAAAUGAGUGAGUCUUCUGGAGCUGGAAGAGGGGCAUCUGGGUCAACUCGAAUUAUCACCAGAUUACGGAAUCCAGACAGCAAACUCAGCCAGCUCAAGAGCCAACAGGUGGCAGCUGCAGCCCAUGAAGCAAAUAAAUUAUUUAAGGAGGGCAAAGAGGUACUGGUAGUUAACUCUCAAGGAGAAAUUUCACGAUUGAGCACCAAAAAGGAAGUGGUCAUGAAAGGAAAUAUCAACAAUUAUUUUAAGUUGGGUCAAGAAGGGAAGUAUCGUGUCUACCACAAUCAGUACUCCACCAAUUCAUUUGCUUUGAAUAAGCACCAGCACAGAGAAGAUCAUGAUAAGAGAAGACAUCUUGCACAUAAAUUUUGUCUGACUCCAGCAGGAGAGUUCAAAUGGAAUGGUUCUGUCCAUGGGUCCAAAGUUCUUACCAUAUCUACUCUGAGACUGACUAUCACCCAACUAGAAAACAAUAUCCCUUCAUCCUUUCUUCAUCCAAAUUGGGCUUCACACAGGGCAAAUUGGAUCAAAGCAGUUCAGAUGUGUAGCAAACCCAGAGAAUUUGCCCUGGCUUUAGCGAUUUUGGAGUGUGCAGUCAAACCUGUUGUGAUGCUACCAAUAUGGCGAGAAUCUUUAGGACACACCAGAUUACACAGGAUGACAUCAAUUGAAAGAGAAGAAAAGGAGAAAGUCAAGAAAAAAGAGAAAAAACAAGAAGAGGAAGAAACGAUGCAGCAAGCCACAUGGGUAAAAUACACAUUUCCAGUUAAACAUCAGGUUUGGAAACAAAAAGGAGAGGAAUACAGAGUAACAGGAUAUGGUGGUUGGAGCUGGAUUAGUAAAACUCAUGUUUAUAGGUUUGUUCCUAAAUUGCCAGGCAAUACUAAUGUGAAUUACAGAAAGUCAUUAGAAGGAACCAAAAAUAAUGUGGAUGAAAAUAUGGAUGAAUCAGAUAGAAGAAAAAGUCCACGGAGUCCAAAAAAAAUAAAAACAGAGCCUGAUUCUGAGAAAGGCGAGGUAAAAGAUUCCGAUGCUGCCAAAGGAGCAGACCAAAGUGAAAUGGACGUUUCCAAGAUUACUGAGAAGAAGGACCAAGAUGUACAAGAAAUUUUAGAUUCUGAUAAUGAGAAACCCUUUAAGGAAGAACCAAUGGAGAUAGAUGAUGAUGUGAAAACAGAGCCACGUAUAAACUGUCACGAAGGUUCUCAAGUAGAUGUGGUCAAUGUCAGUGAGGGCUUCCAUUUAAGGACUAGUUAUAAAAAGAAAAUUAAAUCAUCCAAACUAGAUGGACUUCUUGAAAGGAGAAUUAAACAGUUUACACUGGAAGAAAAACAGCGCCUCGAGAAAAUGAAGUUGGAGGGUGGAAAUAAGGGUAUAGGAAAGACCUCUGCAAGUUCUUUGAAAAGCCUUUCUGAGUCACCAGUAACAAUGAAAGCAAAAGAAGGGUGUCAAAGUGACUCACUUAGACAAGAACAAAGCCCUAAUGCAAGUAACGGUAAAUCUGAAGAUGUGAUUCGGGGAUGCUCCCAGAGUGAUUCCUCGGUUCUUGAAAUCGGUGAUCCUGAUCAUACAACAGAGAGACUUUAUCCAAAAGAUCAAAUGUUAGAUGAUGUCUCCAUUCAGAGCCCAGACACAAACUGUCAGAAACAAAAUUCUGUUGGAAAUGACAUAGAUGAGAGUCUCUCUGAACCUACGAGUCAAGGCCAGGAACCUAGUAAGAUUAAAACAAGAGGAAGUGACUUUCUCAUUGGUGACUCCAAACUAGCCUGCACAGAUGAAAUUGGUACUUUGAUCUAUAAAAAUAAAAAGCCACUCAUACAGGAGGAUAAUGACACCAUUGUUUCUCCUUCCCAGAGCCCGUCACUUCCAUCAGUACCUAAAAGUACUGAUGAUAAAGAUCUCUCGUCUCUGUCAAAAGCAGUGGACUUUGAAGGAAAACUAGGAUGUGUCUCUGAAUAUAACAGCACUUUGGAAAAUAGUUCUGAUACUAUGUCUAUUCAGGACAGCAGUGAAGAAGAUAUGAUUGUUCAGAAUAGCAAUGAAAGUCUUUCUGAGCAGUUCAUAACUCAAGAACAAGGUAUUGAAGGCUUGGAGCCAUUGAAACGGGAGUUUGUUCCAGAUAAGUCCCCUGGAAACUAUGAUAAAAGACCACAGGGUAAGGUAACUGAAGCAAAUGGUAGAAAGCCAAGUCAAGAACAGAAAUUAGAGGAGAGAACCGUUAAUAAAUGUAUUGAUCAAGUCAGUCUAAAAAGUAGCGCUGACAAAAAGAAUAAUGAAAAUCGAGAGUCUGAAAAGAAAGGACAGAAAGCAAGUACCUUUCAAAUAAACGGAAAAGAUAAUAAACCCAAAACAUAUUUAAAAGGGGAAUGCUUGAAAGAAAUCUCUGAGAGUAAAGUAGUAAGUGGUGACAUUGAACCAAAGCUUAAUAAUAUAAAUAAAAUAAUUCCUGAAAAUGAUAUUAAGCCUUUGACUGCUAAAGAAUCUGCUGUAAAGCCAUUCAUGAAUGGUGAUGUCAUCAUGGAAGAUUUCAAUGAAAAAAACAACUUGGAAACAAAAUCAUGUUUACGGAGAUCUUCAGAUGGUGAAGGCAACUACCAGGAUGGCCUGGAGACCCUGCCAUCAACCAAAGAGUGUGAGAGUACACACGCUACCAUGCCUUCACUGUCUUGUCCAGAAAGCAGUUCAGGGAAUCAGGUAGAAGAUAUGGAAGUUGAAACCUCAGAGGUUAAGAAAGUUACUCCCUCACCUGUUACUUCUGGAGAGGAAUCUAACCUCAGUAAUGAUUUUGUUGAUGAAAAUGGUCUGGCUGCCCAUAAAGAUGAAAAUGUCAAUGGAGAGUCCAAGAGAAAAACAGUCAUCACAGAAGUCACCACCAUGACAUCCACAGUGGCCACAGAAUCAAAAACUGUAAUCAAAGUAGCAAAAGGUGAUAAGCAGACUGUGGUCUCUUCUACAGAAAAUUGUGCCAAAUCCACUGUUAAAACCACCACUACAACUGUAACAAAGCUUUCCACACCCUCCACGGGCAGCAGUGUGGACAUCAUCUCCGUGAAGGAGCAGAGUAAGACUGUGGUCACCACAACGGUGACAGACUCACUGACCACUGCAGGGGGCACUCUGGUGACCUCUAUGACGGUGAGCAAAGAAUAUUCCACGAGGGACAAAGUGAAACUCAUGAAAUUCUCGAGACCCAAGAAGACUCGUUCAGGUACAGCUUUGCCAUCCUAUAGAAAGUUUAUCACCAAGAGCAGCAAGAAGAGCAUAUUUGUUUUGCCUAAUGAUGACUUAAAAAAGUUGGCCAGAAAAGGAGGAAUUCGAGAAGUCCCUUAUUUUAAUUACAAUGCAAAACCUGCCUUGGAUAUAUGGCCAUAUCCUUCUCCUAGACCAACGUUUGGUAUCACUUGGAGAUAUAGGCUUCAGACUGUGAAGUCCUUAGCUGGAGUGAGCCUUAUGUUACGGUUACUAUGGGCAAGCCUGAGAUGGGAUGACAUGGCAGCCAAGGCUCCUCCAGGAGGAGGGACUACACGGACAGAAACUUCUGAAACUGAAAUCACAACAACAGAGAUCAUUAAAAGGCGAGACGUUGGUCCUUAUGGCAUUCGAUCUGAAUAUUGUAUCCGGAAAAUCAUUUGCCCCAUUGGAGUUCCAGAAGCACCAAAAGAAACACCUACACCUCAGAGGAAAGGCCUUCGAUCAAGUGCAUUGAGGCCGAAGAGACCAGAAACGCCCAAGCAAACUGGCCCUGUUAUUAUCGAAACUUGGGUAGCAGAGGAAGAGUUGGAAUUAUGGGAGAUCAGGGCGUUUGCUGAAAGAGUGGAGAAAGAAAAGGCACAAGCAGUUGAGCAACAGGCCAAGGUUAGUGAACAGAAGAAGGCAGAGGACCUCAAGGCCCAAAUGGAGGCUCACCUCAGACAGCAGCGCUUGGCUGUCCAGCAGAAACGAUUGGAACAGCAGAAGCCUUCAGUAAUUGCAGCUUCCACCACUUCCCCAUCAAACAGUACAACUAGUACCAUUUCUCCAGCACAAAAAGUUAUGGUGGCCCCCAUAAGUGGCUCAGUUACAACUGGAACUAAAAUGGUACUCACUACUAAAGUUGGAUCUCCAGCUACAGUAACAUUCCAGCAAAACAAGAACUUCCAUCAGACCUUUGCUACGUGGGUUAAGCAAGGCCAGUCAAAUUCAGCCACCAGCACAGCUGCCACAUCUGCUACAACCAUUGCCAGCACAGGUCAGACGUUCCAAAUUACAGGCAAUCCAGUCACUAUGGCAGGAAAAGUAAUUACCAAACUGCCACUUCCUGCAAACAGCAAGAUUGUCGCUGUAAAUGUGCCAGCAACGCAAGGAGGCGUUGUUCAAGUACAGCAGAAAGUUCUGGGUAUCAUUCCAUCAAGUACAGGUACCAGUCAGCAGACCUUUACUUCAUUCCAGCCCAGGACAGCAACAGUCACAAUUAGGCCCAAUACCUCAGGCUCUGGAGGAACCACAAGCACUUCACAAGUGAUCACAGGGCCUCAGAUCCGCCCUGGUAUGACGGUAAUUAGAACACCGCUCCAACAGUCCACACUAGGAAAGGCAAUUAUUCGAACACCUGUGAUGGUGCAGCCAGGUGCCCCUCAGCAGGUGGUGACUCAGAUCAUUCGAGGGCAGCCUGUCUCCACCGCCAUCUCUGCCCCGAGUACAGUUUCCUCGACGCCAGCGCAGAAGGGAUUAACCUCCGGAACACCCAGCACAAACCUGCAGUCUUCGGCCUCACAGUCCCCUCGCCCCCAGCAGGGACAGGUGAAGCUUACCAUGGCUCAGCUCACUCAGUUAACACAGGGCCACGGUGGCAAUCAAGGUUUGACAGUAGUAAUUCAAGGACAAGGUCAAACGACUGGACAAUUGCAGUUGAUACCUCAGGGGGUGACUAUACUUCCGGGUCCAGGACAACAGCUGAUGCAAGCUGCCAUGCCAAACGGUACCGUUCAGCGGUUCCUCUUUACACCUUUGGCAACAACAGCCACAGCAGCCAGCACCACCACCACCACCGUCUCCACUACAGCAGCAGGUAGUACAAGUGAACAAAAGCAGAGUAAAUCAUCACCCCCGACACAGGUGCAGCAAGUGCAACAAGCCAAAACCCUGCCGCCGGCUCAGUCGUCAAGUGUGAGUCCUCCAGAAGCCCAGCCACAGACUGCUCAGCCUUCAGCUCAGCCCCAGCCCCAAACCCAGCCCCCGUCCCCAGCUCAGCCUGAAGUUCAGACUCAGCCUGAAGUUCAGACCCAAACAACUGUUGCAUCCCAUGUCCCUUCUGAAGCACAACCCACCCAAGCACAGUCAUCCAAACCCCAGGUCGCAGUACAGUGUCAGCCUCAAAGUCAUGUCCAAGGACAGUCUCCUGCUCGCGUCCAAAGUCCACCACAGACUCGAAUACGUCCAUCGACUCCAUCCCAAGUGUCUCCUGGACAGCAAUCCCAGGUUCAGACUACAACCUCACAACCGAUUCCAAUUCAGCCACAUACAUCUCUUCCGAUACCUUCCCAGGGCCAGCCACAAUCACAACCCCAGGUACAGUCUCCAACUCAAACUCUUUCAUCAGGACAGACGUUAAGUCAAGUUACUGUUUCAUCCCCAUCCCGUCCUCAGCUCCAGAUACAGCAGCCACAGCCCCAAGUCAUUGCUGUGCCUCAGCUGCAACAAGUCCAGGUUCUCUCUCAGAUCCAGUCGCAGGUUGUGGCUCAGAUACAGGCUCAGCAAGGUGGUGUGCCCCAGCAAAUCAAACUCCAGUUACCUAUUCAAAUUCAGCAAAGCAGUCCUGUGCAGACUCACCAGAUUCAGAAUGUGGUUACAGUGCAGGCAGCCAGUGUGCAAGAGCAGUUGCAAAGGGUUCAGCAACUCAGGGAUCAGCAGCAAAAGAAGAAGCAGCAACAGAUAGAAAUUAAGCGGGAACACACCCUCCAAGCUUCUAAUCAAAGUGAAAUCAUUCAGAAACAGGUGGUGAUGAAGCAUAAUGCUGUAAUAGAACAUUUAAAGCAGAAAAAGACCAUGACUCCAGCCGAAAGAGAAGAGAAUCAAAGAAUGAUUGUGUGUAACCAGGUGAUGAAGUAUAUUUUGGAUAAGAUAGAUAAAGAAGAAAAACAGGCAGCAAAAAAACGGAAGCGUGAAGAGAGCGUGGAACAGAAACGUAGCAAGCAGAAUGCCACCAAGCUCUCUGCACUGCUCUUCAAACACAAAGAACAGCUCAAAGCUGAAAUACUAAAAAAGCGAGCGCUCCUGGACAAAGACCUACAGAUUGAAGUGCAGGAAGAACUCAAGAGAGACUUGAAAAUUAAGAAAGAGAAAGACAUGGUGCAGGCCACAGCAGUGGCGGCCACCUCGCCUGCAGCGCCGCCUGCGCCUCCAGCCCCUCCGCCUUCACCCCCGCCUCCGCCUCCCCCGCAGCACACAGGCCCCCUGGCCACGGCCACGGCCACGGCCACACUGCCUGCGGCUUCCCAGAAGAGGAAGCGAGAAGAAGAAAGAGACUCAAGCUCCAAGUCCAAGAAGAAGAAAAUGAUCUCUACUACCUCAAAGGAAACUAAGAAGGACACAAAGCUUUACUGUAUCUGUAAAACGCCUUAUGAUGAAUCUAAGUUCUAUAUUGGCUGUGAUCUUUGUACUAACUGGUAUCAUGGAGAAUGUGUUGGCAUCACAGAAAAGGAGGCUAAGAAAAUGGAUGUGUACAUCUGUAAUGAUUGUAAACGGGCACAAGAGGGCAGCAGUGAGGAAUUGUACUGUAUCUGCAGAACACCUUAUGAUGAGUCACAAUUUUAUAUUGGCUGUGAUCGGUGUCAGAAUUGGUACCAUGGGCGCUGCGUUGGCAUCUUACAGAGUGAGGCAGAGCUCAUUGACGAGUAUGUCUGUCCACAGUGCCAGUCAACAGAGGAUGCCAUGACAGUGCUCACGCCGCUGACAGAGAAAGAUUAUGAGGGUUUAAAAAGGGUGCUUCGUUCUUUACAGGCCCAUAAGAUGGCCUGGCCUUUCCUUGAACCAGUGGAUCCUAAUGAUGCACCAGAUUAUUACGGUGUUAUCAAGGAACCUAUGGACCUUGCCACCAUGGAAGAAAGAGUACAAAGACGAUAUUAUGAAAAGCUGACGGAAUUUGUGGCAGAUAUGACCAAAAUUUUUGAUAACUGUCGUUACUACAAUCCAAGUGACUCGCCUUUUUACCAGUGUGCAGAAGUUCUGGAGUCCUUCUUUGUACAGAAAUUGAAAGGGUUCAAGGCUAGCAGAUUCUGAUAUCUUUAGUCUGAAUUUUUAACUGGAAUCAGAACUGGAUGUUGGGGUCACUCUAUCUUUUAUUGUACCACGUGAUUACCUAAUUCAAAAUUGCCCCCUAAAAGUUCAUAUUAGUUAAUAUAAUUUUUUAAUGUUAAAAAUAUAUGUAUAGUAGUAAACAGUUUAUUCUAGCAGCCAUGUUGAACAAUGUAUUUAAGAAUUGUAAACUCCCAGAAUACUGUAUUUAUAUACACUAUUGCAAUAGACCAUACUUUGACUUAGUCCUGGUAACUGUACAGUAAUUUGGUUUUACUAACGAAAGUUGUGAAUAAAACUGUGAAACUAGAAAGGAGACUUUCUGGACUUUAAUAGACAAAUGUGAUUUUUAAUACUGCUAUUUCUCUUUUUUUUAAUAUAAUUUUUUCUUUAUAUUCCCCCAAGUCAGUGUAAAUAAGCAUGCCACACACACACACACACACACACACACACACACACACACACACGUCUUUACCACAAUGGUAAUGCUUCUGUACUUGUUUCUUUCUGUCCCUCUGGCUAAAAAUGUGUAAUCUCACUAGAUGAAUAUAUAUAUAUAUAUAUAUAUAUAUAUAUAUAUAUAUAUAUAUUUUAAUAAUGGCCUUUUCCAGUGAACUAUCAUGUUUCUUUGUACAGUGAAAAUUUCUAUUUUAGGUUAAAAAUUUCUUACUCAUUCUCAUAUAUUUGCUUACCAAGGGCGAAUGAAAGAACAUGGCUGCUUCCCCCAGACAAACCGACCUUGGCAUCCACAUAAAGCAUCAUUGUUUUAAAAAAUGAAGGGUGCUUAAUUGUUCCCUUUUUUCUGUAUUCUGUAGGUCUCAUAACAACAAACUGCAGUCUACAGCUUCUUAAAGUUCAGCGUGUUAACCUAACAUAAAACACAGCAAGAAUCUGGUUGUCUGAACUAUUUUAAAUUAAGGAGCCAGAUGUUUUUAGUCAGGUUAUCCUGACAAGACUUGACCUAAACUUCGUUUUUAUUGGUCAUAACAGUCCAAUUAUAUUCUUGGCCAAUUUUGUCCAACGGACAAGGGAAAAGCAAAGUCAACGACACCAUUAUCUUGUCAAGAUCAAAUGGUUUUACUAUUGUGGCAGAAGCGGGAAAACUUUGUUUAUUGAAAAAAAAAAAAAAGAAAAAAGAAAGCAAGAAAAAAAGAUAAUAUGGGGUCAAGUGUAACUCCAUGGAAAUGCCACGUCUGCUCUUCAGUGAAGAAGCUGGUUUAGAGUCUCACAGAAAACUUUUGACUGUAUUUAUUUAUUGUUGCAAAAAAGACGCUUUUUUAUUGCUGCCCUCAUUUGUCAGCUAAUUAUUUUUUCUUAUAAAAUCCAGCCCCGGUUACAUGUAAUCCAUUCUGUAUCUUAUCAUGAUUCCUGUAGGUAAAAGUACAAGACGACCUCUAGAUGUCUUUUCUUUCUAUGAAAGGAGCUGCUAUGUACACAUGUGCACACACACAUACACACACACACACAACUGGGAAUCAACAAUGAGUUUAUUGUUCAUGGUAGAUAAAAAUUAAGCUUGCAUAAAGGUUGGGCUAAGUGGUCCUGGACUACAGACUCUGUUGCCUUGAAUAUAACAGUACAAUUUGUCAUUUACUCUGCACCAGGCUAAACUGAGUAAAAUCUAUUUGAAGGUAUCUUGUUUGUAAACAUUUGUCAGAUUCUAAUUUUUUUCUUUUUGUAUUAAAAUUCAACUAUGGAUGUAUAUGAAACAAAAUAAAUGGAGAUCAUUUUUCUCCCACAGAUGG